AUGGGAGUAGGUGGAUCGGACCCGACCUCAGUUCAGUCAGCAUCCUGCCCUCGUGACAUUGUAGAGCUUUUCAAUGUGUACUUUUCAUCUGUUCUAAACGGCAACGACAAUCCAAUUGAUUCAAUAACUCCUCCCUCAACUACCGGUUGCGAAUCUACUCUGUCGGAAUUGAAUCUUUGCCUCGACGAUGUUUUAAUUGUUCUUCUAAACCUUGAUACCAACAAAGCAACAUGCCCUAAAUGUAUACCUUCCAGUCUUCUAAAAGAAACUGCCCAUUAAAUUGCUCCAUCGUUAUGCUCUCUAUUUAAUCGAUCUCUCAAUAGUGGCUCUUUACCAAAGGAAUGGAAACUGGCUAUCAUCAUUCCAGUUUUCAAGGAAGGAGACAAAACCCACUUUGAGAACUAUCGUCCGAUUUCACUCCUCUGCAUCGUAUCGAGGGCUGCGUGCUGAGCAAGCUGCGUGUUCACCUGUUGGAAAAAUUAAUACCUCACAACAUGGAUUUAUCCCAGGCAGAUCAUGUACCACCCAGCUGGUUGAGGUGCUCAAUUCCAUUGGUUCUCUGUUAGACUCGGGUAAACAAACAGAUGUUAUUUUCAUGGACAUGUCUAAGGCCUUCGGCAAGGUCAGUCACGCUGCGCUUAUCGCCAAACUUGAAAGAUACAAUAUCAGUGGAUCUCUGCUUGAUUGGUUUUCUUCUUAUCUAUAUAAUCGUCGACAGCGCGUUACUACUCUUGGUGCAACGUCUUCUGAAAAAACAGUGUCUUCGGGAGUACCUCAAGGCAGUAUAUUAGGCCCCAUCCUGUUCUUCCUCUAUGUAAAUGACCUACCUGAUGUUGUCAAGAACUCAAGUGUUGCCUGCUUUGCUGACGACACCAAGAUCUUUCGUCGCGUGGAUUCUAUCUGUGAUGCUGAUUUACUCCAAACUGAUCUGAGUAACCUAGACAGUUGGUCUACCUCCAGUGGUCUCGUCUUCAACCAACUCAAGUGUAAAUGUCUGCGUGUACCGAGAAAAAACCAGCCCGUUCUUUAUCCGUACACGAUCAAGGACAACGAACUUACAACAACAUCAGCCGAAAAGGACCUUGGGAAUUCGGGUUUCUAG